AUGCUGGCCCCCUCUGCCACCGCCCUGGCGCUGUGCCUGGCGCUGCUCCUUGCCCGCCUGACACACGGUGAGGGGCUGCCGAGCCCCCGGGCCGUGCGCUUCGCCGCGGAGCUGGCGCGGCACCUGCUGAGGUGGGAGCCGGGGCACGGCUGCCCCAGCGACGCCCGCUACGACGUGGAGUACAAAGUCUAUGGCUCAAGUACCCCCUGGACAGCCAUCCCAGAGUGCGGGAAGACCUCGGAGCUCUCCUGUGACCUCACCUACUACACCCUGGGCGCGGAGCAGCGCUACUAUGCGCGGGUCAGGGCCGUGUCCGGGCACCACAAGUCCCCCUGGCAAAGGACCGGCUCCUUCUCCCCACAGGAAGCUGGCCUGCGCCUGGCGGGCCAGAGCCUCUCCGUGAGGGGCAACUCCAUCCAGGUGCGGCUGCAGCUGCUGCUGCGCUGCGGGAACAUCACCCUGCCGGACAGUGACUUCCAGAGGAAAAUGAGCCGGUACCACGUGUACGUCAGGAGGACGCGGGACAACCACACGCUCACAGUGGUGGAGAGGAGCCCGGAGUUCACCAUCAGGGAGCUGUUCUGGGUGACAGAGUACUGCCUGAGCGUGGAGCCCAGCCUGGCGCACAGGCCCGUCCCCACCACGCGCACCGACGAGCAGUGCGUCACCACCGGCCACAGGGACAGGAGCGCAGAGCUUCUCCCGGCCAUCCUCGGCUCCUCCAUCAUCACGCUGCUGUUGCUGGGCCUCCUGGGGGCUCUGCUGGCCUGUACCUACAUCAGGAAACCUGUGAGGACACCGUCUGUCCUGAAGUCCUUCAUGAAGCAGAGCUCGCUCUGGGUGGAGCACGAGCCCCCGUCCUCGGGCAGCCUGGAUGCAGGCCCCAUGCAGCAGCUCGUCCUGUGCCAGAAGGAGCCCCAGCUGGACAGCAGCCCUGAUGGCAGCACCGGCACUGCCCCUCCGCCCCUGCAGCAGGGCUGGAAGCUCCCAGCAUGGCCCAAGGACCAGCAGUGCCUGCUGGGGCCCACGGCGAGCAGGGACAGCAGCGGCACCAGCACCGACAGCGGCAUCUGCCUGCACAUCCCCUCCUCCUCCUCCUCCCUGAGCGGCUCCGCGGGCCCCGAGCCGCAGGGCUACAGGCAGCAGCUGCCCACGGCUGAGGACAGUGGGGUGGGCUUGGGGAGCCCCUGCCCUGCUCCUGGCUGCUCCUCUGGCAGCGGGAAUGCCAGCCCAGGGGAGCCCGGGCUCUCCCCGGCCGUCAGCCGGGAAGAUGUGGAGUUCCGGGGCUACCUGCAGCAGUCCAAGGGCACCGUGGGGCCAGAGCAGGCCCCGGGCAGGGGAGUGCCCCUCUCGGGCUGUGCAGGGUGCGUGCAGGGCGUGGGCAGCACCGACACAGUGCUGGACACGGAGUGCUCCGGGCCGCCUGUGUCCAAAGGGUAUUUGAAGCAGUCCUCUCCCGAGCAUCCCCUCACACAGGACCUCGCUCCCUGGGGAGCCCCUGCCUGGGACUUCUCCGGCCAGGUGGGGCCCCAAGCCCCCACUCUGCUGAGCUGGGCAGCUCCGGGCUCUCCGCUGACCUCCAAAGCCAGCCCUGAUCUGAGAAAUCCCUUUGACCCGAACAUCUUCAGCAACACUGCCUUCCUGGGGACGCUGCCGCUCGUCUCCAGCCUCAGCUCCGGCUGGAUCACGCCUCCCAUCAAGCCCCUGGGCCAGCUCAGCGGGGACAGCAAGGACAGCCGCCUGUGACCCGUCCCCUGGGGGCCACCAGCCCUGCACUUGACCCAACUACCUCGUCUGCCACUGGAUAAGCUACCCCCGACCCUGAAUGUUCACGGUGCCAGGCCCAGCCGUGGCCCAGGAGCACCAGCUCAGCCCCUGGUGGGGCUGCUUGGGCCCCAGUCCUGCUGUGGGCAGCCCCCAGCGCAUCCCUCCGGCCGCUCCAGCUAACGGGAGACAGGCUUGGACCACCAAGGACACGCUCCAGGGCACCUCUGCCUUUCCUGCCCUCCUCAGCAGCCCGGCACGGGGUGCAGGGCCACCCUCGGGGCCUGGGGCAGCCUGUGCUUCCACUUCCCCCUUUCCUGGGCCAGCUGGGCUCCUCCUGCUGAUGCCCACGCUCGUGAUGCCGCCCCAACCUUUCACAACAGAGUCCGAGAGCAGACGUCAGCCUGACAUCAGCACCCUGCUGCUGGCAGCACGGGGCUGCUGCCCUGCCUGACCUCACGCCCAUGGACCGAGAGACUUUCCUGACCCUACAGAGACCCUUCAGCAUCCAGCCCUGCUGGGAGAGCCCCGGGACAGGGUAUGGGAUGCACCUAGGAGCCCAGCACGAGCCAGCGUGGGCAGUCCUACCCACACUAUGGUCUGUGUUCCGCCGCUGUUGGACGCAGGCGUUAUUUAUUGCAUUCAUUUGUAAAUACAGAAAG